AUGGCAUCCGUGACCAAAAAACUAGCAACUCUAUCUAAAACUGCUAAACUUAUAAUUGACCUUCGCACAGGUUUAGGUGCAGCUAAAUUGGAUCCUGAUGUUAAAAAAGUCUCUUUAGUUUUUUCUAGAAAGCAAGAUAAUGCUGGUGCAAGAUAUUUUUUGAGAGAAAACUUACCGAGAAUAGCUUUUAACAAUCCUGAUCUUAAUAUUGAAGUUUUAAUAUCUAAAGAGUACGGUGUUAAACCGAUUCUGACUGUUGAAUUUGAACAUAAUGAUAAAACGGAAGUAGUAAUUCCACUAUCACAACGACAUUCUGAGGAUAUUUGCCGUGAAUUCUUGGAUGUCACAAAAGCAACUCCAGCGAUGCUAACCCAAAAAG